CCCUCCCUUUCGUCUUUCCAGUUACGACCGUCAAUUCCACCGUUCAACAUGUCGCUCACUUCGCAGGCCGCAGCUCGCUGCUGCAGACAGCUCGUCCGUCCCUCCGUUCGCAUCUCUUCCACCACAUAUCUGAGCCAGCGGACACCCAGCCGGAGGUGGAACUCGACAGAGGCGCAGGCUGCUGCUCCUGCCAAUCCUAAGAUCACCCAGAUUGUUGAUCAGAUUAGCCAAUUGACGCUUCUGGAGACGGCGGAUCUCGUUGCCAGCUUGAAGUCCCGCCUCAAUAUCCCUGACCUCCCCGUUGGUGGCUUCGCCGUUGCUGCCGCUCCUGGUGGUGGUGCUGCUCCCGCCGCUGCUGAGGAAGAGGAGGCUGCUCCCGCCGCGCAGGAGAAGACUCUUUUCAACCUGAAGCUUGAGACAGUGGAUGCUGCCUCCAAGGCUAAGGUCAUCAAGGAGAUCAAGGGUCUGCUCGGCCUUUCCCUCGUCGACAGCAAGAAGUUUGUUGAGUCGGUACCCAAGAUGAUGAAGGAGUCUGUGCCCAAGGAGGAGGCGGAGAAGAUCAUUGAGACCCUGAAGGCCGUGGGUGCCAAGGUUGUCAUGGAGUAAAAAGAGGGCGCGAUGAUUUUCAUCAAUUGGUCAUCCUCUUUUUCUGUCUGCUGAAUGAGCGAUGGGGGCUUGUAUGGAUCUGUACGCUGUGGGUUGGACUGCAUCAUCCUGCCGGAGUUUUAUGUCUUGCACCGCCUCUUCUUUAUGUGUUUUACUUCUCCGUCAUAUAUCUCUACACGGUUCCUGAUAUAACUGGAAAGCGGGAAACAGGC